AUGUCGACUACUAGCUCUCCUUCGUCUCCUUCGCUCGGUGCCCGGCGGGGGGCACCACUAUCGAUCGAAGUCCCGCCUCUCCAACAGCCCUCACCACCAUCGAAUACUCUCCUAAUCACCGACCUCAACGAUCUAUCUCUCUUCCAGCCAUGCUCACUAGGCUCUAUCAAGUCUCACAUCACGGCUGUUGCGCCGCUCAACUCAUUCUCGCCUCUCCCGUCCUUUCGUCGCAUAGUCUGCUCCUUCUUGACCAUCGAUGAUGCAAUCAAAGUCCGACAGCUCCUAGACAGAGAGCCACUGCAAGGAAAGGGCCGUGCCAGAGUAUACUUUGGAGAAAACACACCGAUACAAACUGAUGCCGAAGAGAUACGCAAGAGCAAGCUCCUCGAAGCUCCCCAGUCGCAAAAAAUGUUCUUCAUCAGCCCGCCACCCAGCCCCCCACACGGAUGGAUGAUGCGCAACGAGGAACCACCAAACAAAGAUGUUCAUGCCACCGACCUGGCUGAAGCUUUGGGCAGACUUGGUCGGAUCUAUGGCUCUGACGGCCAUGCUGAUGAGGCUGGACGACGACCGGAGACACCAAUUUCUCCUACAGACCCUGCGAUAGCCGGCACGGAAGGGAAGGAUAUUGUUCGCACUGGCUCUGGAUCCGGACAGCGGAGCCGCAGCAGCACUUUGAUUUACCAUCCUGAACACCAUGGAAACAGUCCCCAUCUUCCUGCCGUUAUGGUUGAAGAUACGACAGUUGACCCUGACGGGGACUCUGACAUGGAUUUGAGCCCGCUUGAUAUCCAGCCAAAGAAGAUAUAUGCGCACACCUCUCGCCCUCCAACUGAGUUGAUGGAGUAA